CAGUUUAUUUUGGUGUCUUUACGGUAAGCAGGAAACAUUUUCUUCAUAAAAUAUGACCCAAUUUCACCAAAAUCAGUGAGAUAAAUUGGCGGUUCUUGAAAUGUGCUGUACGUACUUCUCGCGGGUGAUCACAAAGUUACGUAUACAGCUUCAUAAACGUGAUUUAAUUAAUUAAAUGUGUUAUUUUAUGGGGAAAAAGUCACACAAUGUCGCUUUAAAAACUGUCAGACACCACAAAAGCCAUAUCAUGUCACAGGAUGGACAUUUUUUACAGCGCAGUCGGAUCCAGCGGAGCGCAGCGGUGCAGCAGGACUCCUAUCUACCCUGCUGGGGCUGCUCACCGCCGGCCAGACAUCACAUCACACCACGGGCCCCCCUCCUCCUACCCUCCACACACACAGCCUGUAGUGACAUGGUUUUAUUUCCACCUGAAGCCUCCGGAUGAACGCGCGUACACACGGGCAACAUUUCUCCUCCUCCUCCUCCUCCUCCAGUGAGAGGGCGUAUCCGCGCUCAGGAGGGAGGCUGAGCCUGUGCAGCCGGAGUGGGAGGGCUUUUUUUCGGUGUGUUUUUUGAGGAAGAAAACAGCGAGCAGCCACGCCGCCCACCAAACAAGGCGAAGCGCGCAUCAACAAUUUCGCAACCACCACCGCCGCUGCUUGCUGCUGCUACUGCCCCGAUUAAAUGCACGGAGGAGCGGACAGACACCCACAGACAGAGAGGGGGUGGAAGGACAGCGGACAGCUGCUGUGAUCCAACACGGGAACUAACAAAAGAUGAACGACCAUGUUGCCACCAAAGACCUGUGACGUCAUUGUGAAGCUGUGGACGGUGGUUGAAGAUCAAGCAUUGGAGCCAGUUUUUUAGCUUUGCUUGGAGUUUUUUUUUUUUUUUACAGGACUAAUUUGAUUUAAAUUUGCUGUUGUUCUCCAGUGACCACCUACGAAAUCUUUAAAAAAAAAUGGAGACUCUUUCCCAAGAUUCAAUCCUGGAGUGUCAGAUCUGCUUUAACUACUACAGCCCCCGCCGGCGGCCCAAGCUCCUGGAUUGCCGGCACACGUGCUGCUCAGUGUGCUUGACCCAGAUGCGCAGCACCCAGAAGGAAAUCCGUUGUCCCUGGUGCCGCGGUGUCACCAAGCUCCCGCCAGGCCUGUCCGUCUCCCAGCUCCCGGAUGACCCGGACAUCAUCACCGUCAUCGCCAUCCCACACGCCUCCGAGCACACGCCCGUCUUUAUCCGCCUCCCCAGCAACGGCUGCUACAUGCUGCCGCUGCCCGUCUCCAAGGAUCGGGCUCUUGGCCUGCCGGGGGAGCUGGGAUGUCGCUUCCUGCCCGGCAGCCAGCAGAAGGGGGUGACGGUGGUGACGGUGCCUGAGCAGCAGCCUCUGGGCUUGGGUAUGGCUCUUGAAGGCGUUGGGGUGGGGCUGGAGGGCAGCGAGGGCGAGCGGAGGGUUACUGGGCCGGUUGGAGGAGGCGGGAAGGGCUCCACGUGGUCCGGCGUGUGCACGGUGAUCCUGGUGGCUUGCGUGCUGCUCUUCCUCUUGGGAAUUGUCCUGCACAACAUGUCCUGCAUCUCCAAACGCUUCACGGUCAUCUCCUGCGGCUGAGGGUUGGGGGAAGGCUGCUCGGACUGCCGCGGACUGCCCUUGGAUUUCCCCCAAUUGGCCCUGUCUCUGGCACUCUGCUCAGGAGAGGGGACUAAACUCACAUCAUGGGCAUCUAUGGGAACUACAGAGCAACAUAGAGAAACCGAUGAAAAAGAGGGCAGGGAGGAGAUCCGCAAACGGUCUGCCAAUUUUUUAUUUGGGAGAAUGGAAAUACAGAUACAAACUUGACGUUCCUCCAACAGUCCUUUUCCCGUCCUUACACGCUUUGGGAAUUACUCCUUGGCCAGCUGAUAUGUUUUUUUUGGCUAAGGGGCCGAUUUGACGCUCACAGUGGUUGGAUUGCCUGUCUUAGUCUGUGGUUUGUAGAAGUACAUCAGUUAUCAUAGUGUUGUUUAGCUGAGUGUAGCGGCGUCUCCAGCUGGACUUUCGGACUUGGCGGCUCUCCGUUUUGCGGGAAUUAACUGAGCAAGGAUCCACGUCUGGCCUCUGUUUGAAUCACCUGGGAAACUCAAGCUUUCAUUUUCUUUUCUUUUUUUUUAUAUAAUCAUACAACCUGUUUCUGUUUAGAACAAACUGUUGCAACGAUGGUUGAUGGCUCCAGGUGGGAAAGAAAAGACAAAACAUGGAUUGUAUCGUUCACUCAUGCCAGCACAACACAGCUUAAGGCUUAAAAAGUUUGAAUUAUCGCCGAAAUGUUGAGUCAUUUAAGUUCAUCAAGCAAAAUAAUCACAACCAUUUGUUGUUUUCUUGCUUUUUUUGUUGGUUUCAUAUCAUUGUAAAUUCAAUUUCAUUGGGUUUUUGAAUAAUUUGAAGACGCCGCUUGGUGGUCUUAUGAUGAAUCUUUUCACUCAAUGUGGUGGGAAACUUUGUGCAGCCUUCUGGUAGGAUUCUGGCUACCAAACGUAUACAGGCUAUUUUAGAAACAAGGAAAUGGUUAAAAAUACUCGAUAGAUCGAUACCACUCUCAUACGGCCCAUGCCAUCUACUAUAGUAUAAUGUCAUAAUGGAAAAUUGGGACAUUCAAGGUGGCGAGCGUUUGUAGUUUUUCUUUGUUUCUCCUCUGCAGAGCAUCCAUAUUAAUGUGGAUGUUUAUCUCUCAUCGAUUAGUUAACCGUCCGUCAACUUUUCACCCUGACCUGCUGAUCCUCCGUCGUCCCUUUUUAAAGACGGACUGUCGAGCUUUUGACCGGGCCCUCAGCCCACACACUAUUGACUCCCUUCAUCCAAACAACUUCCUUAAUUUAGAAAGCUGGUGGAUACGGGCUCAAACAAGCGCGAUGGUGUGUGUUUAUUUGUGUGAGUAACGGGUCAGCAACGGGUCAGGAGUGGGCGGGCGCUGCAGGGUUCCAGUUAAUGAUGACCGUAUCGAUUUAUCUGCUUUUUGAAUAUCUCUCGCAUCCGCGGAGAUGGAUGUUGUUUCUUUGUUUUCACUUUUUAUAUGUUGAGGCAAGCAAUUUGUCUGUUUACUGUAUCGUUAAAGCAAUUUAGUGUACAGUACACACAAACAGGGUGAACUCUUUUGUAUAGCGGCCUCCGUCAUGUACAGAACGAUUGUAAUUUCCUCGUCUUUUAAUGAUUCUUUUUGUUGUUUGUGUUUAACUUGGAGGUCUGAUUCGAGAUUAGGAGAGCUCGCUGUGUGUUAGCGACACAACAUAAGGAAAGAAAGUUUUGGUAUUUAGUAUAUAGAAGAAUUAUAUACUGUACCAAAAUGUUAUAUAUAAAUAUGUAUCCACUUAUUUAAUACAUCUAAACUUUGGAUAAUCCAGUCACUGAGGGUGACUUUUUUUCAAUAUCAGCAUGAUUUCAUCGCCUUAAAUCUGAGAUUUUGUCUUUACUCAGCAGUAAAUUUCUUUUGAAAAUGAGCAGAACUAGUCCUUAGUUGUUGUUUUUUUUAUUAUUAUUAUUUCUUUUGGUUUGUACAGAAGCCUUAAGCGGUUCGGCAAUGUUAUAUUGCCAACAUUUUCUCAUGAUAAAGAGUUAAUUCCAUUUGUUUUGAUCAAAAUCUCAAGUCAUCAUGUUGAAAUCAGAAAUGUUCUCGAGAUCUCAUGACGUAACGAAACUUAUGUCCUCCGAUAACGAGAGUAUUAAAACCAAAUAUACAACAAAUAUACUAGACUUUCCUUUUAUUUUCUAGAGAUCUCAUUGGCUUGUUAGCUUGAAAUCUCGAGAAAAUGGUCACGUUAUUUCAACAUAAAUAACUUGAGAAACAAUUGAAAUCACAAGAGGAAACGGAGGAAAUAAAAUGUAUCAGUGUGUGACCGCUUGGGCCUUCUGUAGGUUUGCCAUCCCAUGUCAGUAAUGAUUUCACCACCUUUCACCAAACCAACCCAAAGUCUGAGAUUUCUUCUAUUGAUUUCUUCAACAGAUCAGUGUUAGAGCUCAAGGCUUCCUGCACAGGAGCGUUGUUGUUAGUCAGAUGUUUGUUUUGCAGAUGCACUGAGAGACAGACUUAUGCUAUGAGACUACAAUGGAAGCGUUUUUUUAAGUGCGACACUCUUUAGCUGAAAGUUGAAAUAUUAACAUCAGCCUUUUAUUUCGCCAAACUCUCGCCAACGACUAAAAGUCAGUCCAAGAUUUAUUCAUCUGGUGGCUUUUGGCUCGUUCACUCUCACUCUAGUAAGCCCGAUUACAUUGCCUGCUUUCCCAGCCCCUGUUCUGGCACGACACUGGCUCUGCUCUCUACACCUGUGGUUCAAACAAUAACACUCCCUGCUGUGAAAUAGUUGGUGGAGAAGCAUCAAAAUGAUUUAAAAUCUGAAAAGUUGCACAGUGUUGCUUUAAGGUGUCAUUACAGACCUUUAAAGCAUUAAUUCCAUAAGAAAAUAAGAAUAUUUUUUGCUAAAACAAACAAGAUCUCAAACACUAAAACCAAAACCGUCUGCAGAGCUCGACACCACAAUGUCUAAAGAUCAGAUUUUGCAGUAAUUUGGCUUAACCUGGACUUCCAUACUCUAAAAAUCAUCCCACUGAGUCUGAAAUUGGAUCCAAGCCCACACCACAACAAUUCUCUUUAUGUCUUUAUUUUUCUGCUCACAGCCAUUGUUCCCAUUGACCUCUGUGAAAGCACUCGGAUGCGGUUGCUAGGAGAUGUCCGACACAAAAAGCCUCUAUCGGCUGUGGAUCUUCACAAAAACCCGCUUUCACGGAGGUCACCUCCGAGUCACUCGUUAUCAUCUGUCAUGAGUUUUAUUUAACUUAAAAGGAAUGAAGAAGUGCCGUUUCUUUGAUUCUGGGGGAUUUUUGGAGUAAAUUGUUGCUGGUUAAAUUGAGCGCCAACAUGCUCCUGGUGAUUAUCCACACACCAGGUUCACUUCAUUCAUGAUAAAUGAACCUGUCUAUAGUCCUUUCCCUCCACCGAUCCAUCAUGAAUGAACGGUGGGGGGAUGGAGGAACAAAUGCACCUCGCUUGUUCGUUUCUUUCCCCCCACCCUUAUAGCAUCUGAUCUACGAGAUUAUUGAUCAGUAGGUGGUGAAAUCGUUAUUGGAAGCUGUCAUGCAUAAAACCAAGGAUAUACACAAGGUAUUACAGCUGUUUGGGUGAUUGUUUUUCAUAUUUUUCCAGACGGAAACGUUUGUUUCUGCUCAUCAUCACACCUCUGAAUCUUCUCCCCGUCUUCUUGUAUUUUAAUUUUAAAUUUUCCAGAUGAAAAACUGCCCUGUGCAACAUUUUAUUUUUAUUUUUUACAAAAAAACGUAAAGACUUGACAACGUAUGAGAAUCGUAGAGCGAGGAGGCUUGUCUUUUCUGUGCCUGUGUGUUUGUAAAAUGCCGUGAAGUUCCUGUUGUAGUUUCCUGUUUGUGUCUGUCGGGUCGACGACGCAAGCAGCUGCUGUUUUUGGUGAAAUAUUAAAGAAUCUGAACAACAAA